AGCUGGACAUCGAUCGCUUCUGGAUUGUAUUUCGUCUAGCUAACUAACUUGAAGUUAACUGUCGUUACCCACAGUGAAAAAAUAGCCUUUAACUUGCUGAUAGCCAACACGAACACUUUUUUUUAAUUCUCUAAACGUCUUUAGGCUUCUGCAAAACCGCAAGCUAGCUACAUAUAUAGCGCUAGCUAACAUUAACGUUAACAAGUAGCUUGAUAGUCCAGAGCAGGAUCAUGUUUACUUAUGAGCUAGCUAGUAAAUUGUUGUUUUUUGCCCUGGAGGGCCUUAAUUUACAACACGUGGAAGACUUUAAUCCAGAUGGUGAGAUUAACACCAGAGAAGGACGGCCUCCAUCUCUUCAAGGAGAACAGGGACCCCUCAGAUGUAAUGACACAUGCAGCGUUUACCACCAGCCUCUUCCCUACAGCGCUGACAUACACCAUGGGAGCUAUGAGCGAUACAAAGAGAUGGUCAAACGGGUUCAAACACCCAGGGCCCCUAACCAGCUGUACAUAAUGCCUCUAACGGACAGCCAGCAGUAUGGAUGGAUGUUGUCCAGGAAUCCUGAACCAUGGACCCAAGUCAAACGCUUUCCCCGAAAGAACAGUGAGAUGACAAAGUUUGUUAAAGAAAUGUCAGCGACAGACCCGGAGUUCAGCCUGUUCUGAUAGCCUUUCUUCUUCAGUUAUGACACACACACACACACACACACACACAAACACACGCAAAGCAGCAUCAAUUUUGAUGUGCAUUUACAAGAUUAAAUUGAUAGCAGAUCCACUUUUUGUUUUUACAUUUUUCAUGCUUCAUUUGGAUUCAUUUGGAAAUAUUUCACUGAUAUUCCAGUGCAUCCUGAAGGGAUCAUGAUGGACACAGGCUUGUUUUCUCAGGUCAUCAGGGAUACACAGGAAGUCAGAGGAGAUCAGGGCAUUCUCAGGCUGGAUUUAAACAAUUACCCUUACCCCUCCAAAGGCAUUAAAUGUCCCAAAAAUGAUUUAUUGGACUUAAUUCAGUGCCACAGAAAGGGGCAGAUUGGUGUGUCAAAAUUCCAAAGGCUGUUUCUUACCAUAACUACCCUUUAGAUGGUGCAAAGUCGCAUGUGUUUACCAGUGGUACUGCUGGUCCUGCAGCUCUGCAACUGGACAAUAUUGGUUUGGUGCUUUUCAUCAGUGACAGUGUCCUUAUAUCGGUGGUCCAUUCAUGUGGCAACUGGUCCAACCUCCAAGUCCAAACAAAGUGGUGACAUUGCCAAAAAGCCUUAAGUAUUCCUAACCAAUCUGUUUAUUUCACAGUAAAAAUGGCAGCUGGUGAACAAGGCAUCUCCUUUUUUAUGUUUCUUAAAAUUACUGUCUAUCUAACUUAGAGAAUAUCUUUGUUUGCAGGCUUGAAUUGUCUAAUGUGUUAAGGUUUGAUUCUGUGAGUGAAACUUUGUGGCCUGUGUGGGUAACUGUAAACACAUCCAAAACAGGGAUAUUGUUUAAUUAUAUGUUCAUUGGGUAGUCCGUAUUAUAAUGUAAAGUCAGCACACAGAGAAUAUCUGUGGAUCCUUUUAAAAUGUGUAAGAAUCUAUAUAUAAGUAUUUAUAUGAUAUAAGUAUGUGAAUGGCAAGUAAACCACUUUCUAGUACUGUAAAAUAACUAUAAUGACAUUACCACAAAUAUGAAGUUAAUGUAAGACAAACCUCUGUUCCUACAAGCCACAGGUAAGAUAUAAUUGCAGUACAUCCAACAACAUUAGUAAAUAUAUGAACAUGCAAAACAGCCAUUGAUUUUUAUUUAUUUAUUUUUUUCUUCAAGGGGAAAUGUUAUUUUUCUCUUUGUCAUAGUCCUCAACUCUUCUUGUCCUUUCACUUUGCAAAAAGACUCCCCUUUCAACUCCUCCAACUCAGGGAAAAUACAAAUAAAACAAAAACAAAUGCGGAAGGAUUCAUCAGGCCUGAGCAAAACACUGUUUCAGUAGUAUGGGGAAAACCUUCCUCUCCUCUCUCGUUCCCCCCAAAACAUCCCAAGAGUUAACAAUCAACACAAGUCUAUGGACAGCCAAUAGAAAUAGAAUACAUACAAUGCACAUUUUAUAAACUCAUGUCCAUUCUAUAAACUCUUUGCUUAUAUGAAUCACUCUUCAUUGGUCACAGUUCACUUGAUAGUUGGUGAUCUCCAUUACAUUACUGUCCUCUGGUGCUCCCAGCACACCCCAAGGCCAAAUAUCAUUGCACAGGAGGGGACCAAUAGCACAAGGCUGCGUGAGCUGGCUUUGGUACAAACAUGAUCAACUGUUGGUUGCCAUUGUUGAGUGUGGCUGAAGAGCUAAAUCAGGACUGAUUCUCUCAAUUACAAAAGUUGAAGCUGGAAAAACCAAGUUAAUUGCAUUGAUGAGAAUGUUUACUGGAAAUUAUUCUCGACAAGCCCUCGUCCCUUUCUCUCUGCCCAAACAUCAGCAUCCAGGCACUGUUCCUGUUAAGUGUUAUUCUAUGAUUUGUUUUCUAUUAACUUAAGGCAAUCAAACUCAGCUAUUAGUACUAUUACUGAGUGGAGGAAUAAUACAAGAAAUAUGUUUAAGAUUAUUCAUUCUGUCCUCUUCACAUAGUGUGACACCAGGGAUGUCAUUUUUUACUGCUGAGAAGUGAAUGUGUGGGAGGGAGAGGUCACCUUAAAGCCUGACUGAGAUUUACAAUACUGCAGUAGUGGCAUAAAUAAAAUAAAAGCACAGUGAAUCAUCUGUA